CCCGCGGUCGCCCGGGCUCGCCGAAGUCUUCCCCUAAAAAAAAAAAAGCGGAAAAAAAAAAGCGAAAAAAACCCCCCAACUUGUCCCACCUAUAGGUCCAUCUUGUUUAGAAACAGUUUGCUCUAAGGUAAAUGCAGCGGGCAGAUUCCACUCGCCCCCCCGCAUGCCGUUAACCCCGCGGCGGGGAGGGAAAAAAAACCCGCGCGUCCCGGUGGCGGCCCAUGCGGCGGCGCUCGGCGGCGGCGGGGCGGCGGCGGGCGGCCGCGGGCCGGGGGCUGCGCGGCGCGGCCGCCGUGAAUGUGCAGGCGGCGGAGCGCGGUUAGGCGUUCGCGGCGCUCGCAGCGGUGUAUUGUGGGAUCCCGGCCGCCGCCAGCAGCGAGCACACACACAAUAUGUGGUGGCUCGCGAAAACGGGAGGCAGGAGCCUGGCGGGCAGCCCGCGCCGGUAACCGGCCCCAUGUGAGACGGGAGCUCGCCUUUCGCCGCCCGGAGACGAUCGGCCGCCCAGCGCGAUGUCUUUCCGAGAGACCAAGGCGGGGGAAAAAGCCAAGCACCCUGAAGAUCAUGGCAAAAAGCAGAGUUCAAGUUGGAUCAACGGAAUGGAGAACAGCACGCAAGCCAGCACUUCUGUCGAGAAAAGAAAUCACCAUUGGAGAAGUUACAAGUUGAUUAUUGACCCGGCUCUGAAAAAAGGACAGCACAAACUCUACCGCUACGAUGGGCAACAUUUCAGCAUGCCUAACUCGGGGAUCGCUCCUGUGGAUUGUGUCAGGGAUCCCAGAAUAGGGCGAAUAUGGACCAAAACGAAGGAGUUGGAGCUGUCUGUCCCCAAAUUCAAGAUUGAUGAAUUUUACGUGGGGCCAGUGCCUCCCAAGCAGGUCACCUUUGCCAAGCUGAACGACAACAUCCGUGAAAACUUUUUGGCCGACAUGUGCAAGAAAUACGGCGAAGUGGAAGAGGUGGAGAUUCUCUACAACCCUAAGAACAAGAAGCACCUGGGCAUUGCCAAAGUCAUCUUUGCCACUGUCAAGGGUGCCCGGGAGGCUGUGCAGCACCUUCACAACACUUCUGUCAUGGGCAACAUUAUCCACGUGGAGCUGGAUACAAAAGGUGAAACCCGCAUGAGAUUCUAUGAACUGCUGGUUAAUGGUCUUUACACUCCUCAGACCCUCCCUGUAGGCACUGAACAGGAUGUGUCCCCAACUGGGAAUGAGGCUCUCCAGUUGACGGACUCCCUGAAGCGCCUGAAGGACAGUUCCCUCUCUUCCGCGGGAUCCUCGGUCACCCCAAACAGCAGCACGCCCUUUUCCCAUGACACAGCCUAUUCCAGCUGCCGCCAAGACACCCCAAACUCCUACAGCCAAUUCACCCCCCAGUCCCAAGGAACGCCCCACACCCCGCGCCUGGGGACGCCGUUCUCCCAGGAUUCCACCUACUCCAGCCGACAGACAACGCCUGUGUACCACUUUGGGCAGGACAGUGGGUACAAACCCAGGAGGCACGAGACGAAGUUUACGGAUGCGUACAACCGUCGCCCGGGCCACCACUACAUGCACAACUCUGCAGGGGUGUUCCGAGGCACAGAGCAUCAGUUUAGUACGUUCAAAUCCCAUCAGCAGGAGCCAGUUCAGUUCUCUCACACUCCUCCCCUGAGCCACUCUAGUUCUUCGAGCUAUAAAUCUGCCUUCUCCCCCUAUCAAGCACCAGCUGUUUUUCCCCAAUCCGAUGAGCAGCCGUUUCCCCAGACUUCCAGGGAGGCAGAGUACCGGAGACCUGCGCCGCCUCCCACCGAGAUGGUCGUGGAAAGCAGCGCUGCCCCGAGCAUCGAUUUUGUCCCAGUGAAGGAGAAACCAGAGGAGCCUCCGCCCUUGCCCGACUCAAACUCUGUACCUGAACCAAGCACAGCAUCCUUCUCUCAGACUCCAGAGAGGAGCGAGACUCCUGGCACCCCCACCAUGGAGACUGAGAUGCAGCAUAACAGUUUAGACUCAAGGAUUGAGAUGCUCUUAAAAGAGCAGAGAACAAAAUUACCCUUUCUUAACGAGCAUGACUCAGAUAAUGAGAUCCGAAUGGAAGGUAGCCCUAUUUCCUCCUCUUCUUCCCAGCUCUCCCCCAUCCCAACAUACGGUUCGAACUCUCAGCCUGGUUUCAGGGGUCAGACGCCUUCCUCACGCCCUUCCAGCACAGGCUUGGAGGACAUCAGCCCCACACCCUUACCUGACUCUGAUGAUGAUGAGCCUAUCCCUGGGACAGCUUCUCUGAGUCAGAAUUCCCGGGGGACAUCGGAGGCCAGCAUGACUCCUAUUGAUCAGCUGAGCAGGACCUCCAAAAUUGAGACCUCGGAGGCUAAAGAAAUGGUGCCUGGUGACCAGACUCCAACAUCAGAAAAAAUGGAUGAGGGUCAGCAUUCCUCAGGGGAGGACAUGGAAAUCUCUGACGACGAGACCAACCCUGCGCCCAUCACCAGCGCGGAAUGUGCCAAAACCAUUGUGGUGAACUCCUCCGUCAGCAACACGGCCGUGCUGGCCCCGUCCAUCCCCCCACUGCCACCACCGGGGUUCCCUCCUCUUCCUCCUCCGCCGCCUCCGCAGCCCGGCUUCCCCAUGCCCCCGCCGCUGCCUCCGCCGCCACCGCCCACCCACCCGGCCGUCACCGUGCCCCCGCCGCCGCUGCCCGCCCCACCCGGGGUGCCUCCGCCGCACAUCCUGCCCCCGCUGCCCCCGUUCCACCCCGGCAUGUUCCCGGUCAUGCAGGUGGAUAUGAUCAGCGUCCUGGGCAACCAGUGGGGCGGCAUGCCCAUGUCCUUCCAGAUGCAAACUCAGAUGCUGAGCCGCAUGAUGCAGGCCCAGAACACGUACCAGUACCCACCCUUCAUGACGGGCCGGAUGCAGUUUGUGAACCUUCCUCCCUACCGCCCGUUCUCCAUGGGAGCCGCUCUCGCCCGUGGGCAGCAGUGGCCUCCUCUGCCCAAGUUUGACCCCUCGGUUCCACCCCCGGGCUAUGAGCCGAAGAAGGAAGAUCCCCACAAAGCCACAGUGGAUGGAGUCCUCCUGGUCAUAGUGAAGGAACUGAAGGCCAUCAUGAAAAGGGACCUGAAUCGCAAGAUGGUCGAAGUGGUGGCGUUCCGAGCGUUUGAUGACUGGUGGGACAAGAAGGAGCGUCUGGCAAAGGCAUCUCUCACUCCAGUGAAGUCUGGAGGAGAACUGGAGGAAAAACCAAAGCCAAAGGAUCGAAUGGCCUCUUGUCUCCUGGAGAACUGGAACAAAGGAGAAGGGCUGGGAUACGAGGCCAUCGGCCUGGGCAUUGGGUUACGAGGGGCCAUCCGCCUGCCAUCCUUCAAGGUGAAAAGAAAGGAGCCACCUGAAGCUGCCUCAGCGGGAGAUCAGAAGAGAAUCCGGCCUUCUACUUCAGUGGAUGAUGAAGAUGAAGAGUCAGAGAGGGACAGGGAUGCUUCUGAUACAACAUCUGACCUGUCAAAGAAGGAUGCAGAGGCAGUGGGGCUGCGGCGGCGACCAGCCAGGCCAUUGGAGCUCGACAGCGAGGGAGAGGAGGGAGAUGAGACAUCAGGGAAAGAGGAAGAGUCCUCCUCAGAGAAGGAAGAGGAGCAGGAAGAAGAGGGAGGCUUGGUGAAAGCAGCACCUGGCAAGGAGGAAGAGGAGGAUGAGGAGGAUGAAGAUGACGAGGAUGAAGAUGACGAUGAAGACGAGGAUGAAGAUGAUGAGGAGGAGACAGGCAUAGACACAAGUGACAAGGAGGAGGAGCAGGACUCUGAGGAGGAUGUUGCAAGUCCCUCAUCUUCCAAGGCUGAAGCUGAAUCAUCUGAUGAGAGUGAGGACUCCUCUGAAUUCGAGUCAAGUUCAGACUCGGAUGAUGAAGAUGAGGAGGAUGAUGAUGACGAUGAUGAAGAUGAGGAGGAAGAAGAGGAGGAAGAGGUGGCUGAAGAUCAAGGCAGAGAAGCCAUGGUUGCUGAGCCAGAGCAGGAACCUGCUGGUCAUGAGCUUCCUGAUGAUGAGAGGGAGACUAUUUUGGACCUGUACCCUGUGGAUGACUACAUGGAUGCAACAGGCUUGGGACUUGCUGAGCCAGCUUUGGCAGUAAAAGAUGAAGGCAGUGAAGAAAUCAAGGCAGGGGAUAGUGAGUGUGGCCAAGUCCUGGGGGCUUCUGUUGCUGCUGAAACUCUGAAACAUUUGGUUCUGGAAAGAGACCAGGAAACAAAGCUUGCACUCUCUCCCAUCUGUAGGUCAGAGGAAGAGUCCGAACCCACUUCCAUGCUGGAGCCAGAGGUCCAGGUACAGGAAGGUCCAAAGCCUGAAUCUCAAGAUGAGGAGGCAUCUCUCUGUAUCUCUACUCCAGGGGGAGUCUUUGGGGAACCUCUGCCCAGCAAAAGCAGCUUCUUUGGCAAGUCUGAGGAGAGCAGCUUGGAAGGCCGAGUUAAAGCCAAGGCGCUGUCGGCAGCGGAGGAGGACGAGCGGCUGCCGCGCACGCCGGGGCGGGAGGUGAUGAUCCACUCGGAGACUGAGACUCUCCUGCUGCCAGCCCACAAGGUGCCAUCCUCCAUGCUUCCCUUGCCAUCGACUCCCGGCAAGGAAGAGUCUUUAGUCCCUCCAGAAAAGUUCCCUGAACAAUUAAUGGUGACCAAAACAUCCGUGGAGGAGGAGAUUCCUAGGACUCCUGGGCGGGACAUUUUGGCCAAGUCUUCACACCCCCUCGCGAAGUCGCAGAGCACGGACACUGUUCCAGCCACGCCAGGAAGUGAUGCUCCCCUUACAGGAAGCAGCUUGACCCUCAGUUCCCCUCAAGUCCCAGGGAGCCCCUUUUCCUACCCAUCCCAAUCUCCUGGCAUUAAUAGUGGCAUUCCUCGGACUCCUGGGAGAGAUUUCAAUUUCACGCCUACUUUCCCAGAGGCUGGUGCUACCGUUCCUUGCCUUCUGCCUGGCAAGAAACAGUCAGAGGAUGAGCUAGAAGAGAAAACCUUUAAAGAGCCUCUUGGUGCUUCCCUUACGAUCAGCAUGAACAGUGUUCCUUCCCCUAUCCCCUUUGCCAGCCCCCCGCAAGCGGAUUUCCACAUGGACAUGGGUUUGCCGCCUGACGAGCCAAUACCUGUAGCAGCCCUGCCGUGCAUGCACGGAGAUGGAAGAAUGCCCAUCGAGGAAUGCAAGGCAGAAGUAAAACCUGGUUUGCUCUCCCCAGAAGUACCCCCUGGGGCUUCUAUUCUUCCUCCCCCACCACCACCUUCUGUUCUUCCCAAAAGGAGGCCGGGUCGGCCGAGGCGGUCCCCACCUUCUGUCCUCUCGCUGGAUGUGUACUCGGGCAAAACCAUAGAACCUCCUCCCAUGCCAGUGGCCUUGGUGGAGGGUGCUGUGGGCAAAGAGCUGCUGAGUGGACAUCCUGAUGCCUACUAUGGACUGAAAGACCCUGAAGCCGUCACCCUGGACUUCAGGAAUGACGGUUUCCACGAGAAAAUAGCAGCUGAGACAGUUGCAGAGAAACUGCCAUUCAAGGAACUGGAGAACCAGUGGAACGAAGACUUCAAGGAAGAUGAGGCUCACGCGAAGCCCAAGCGCCAGUGGCGGAGGCAGAAGAAAUCUGAGGAGCUGCCAGUGAUCCCCUCCCCCGAGUAUUCCCCGCCCCAGCCGCAGUUCAGGCCGCGCUCGGAGUUCGAGGAGAUGACAAUUCUGUACGACAUCUGGAACGGGGGCAUCGACGAGGAGGACAUCAAGUUCAUGUGUAUCACGUACGACCGCUUGUUACAGCAGGACAAUGGUAUGGACUGGCUCAAUGACACCCUCUGGGUUUUCCAUCCUUCUACCAGCUUUUCCACCCCCAAGAAGAAGAAGCGGGAUGACGGGAUGCGGGAGCACGUGACGGGCUGCGCACGAAGCGAAGGCUAUUACAAAAUUGAUAAGAAGGACAAACUCAAAUACCUCAACAAUAGCCGAGCUUUUGCAGAGGAGCCUCCAGCUGACACACAGGGUAUGAGCAUCCCUGCCCAACCUCACGCUUCCACCCGGGCUGGUUCCGAGAGGCGAUCAGAGCAACGCAGGCUCCUCUCCUCCUUCACUGGUAGCUGUGACAGUGACCUGCUCAAGUUCAACCAGCUCAAGUUCCGGAAGAAAAAACUAAAAUUCUGCAAGAGCCACAUUCAUGACUGGGGCCUUUUUGCUAUGGAGCCCAUUGCAGCUGAUGAGAUGGUGAUAGAGUACGUGGGUCAGAACAUCAGGCAGGUCAUUGCUGACAUGCGUGAGAAGCGAUACGAGGACGAGGGCAUUGGCAGCAGUUACAUGUUCAGAGUGGACCACGACACCAUCAUCGAUGCCACCAAGUGUGGGAACUUUGCCAGGUUCAUCAAUCACAGCUGCAAUCCAAAUUGUUAUGCUAAAGUGAUCACGGUGGAGUCUCAAAAGAAGAUCGUUAUCUACUCCAAGCAGCACAUCAAUGUGAACGAGGAAAUUACAUACGACUACAAGUUUCCAAUUGAGGAUGUAAAAAUCCCGUGUCUCUGUGGCUCUGAGAACUGCAGGGGAACCCUGAACUGAGCUCAAGGUUUCUCAUCACACUUGCACCUUCGGCCAUGUCAAAACUGUGGUAACCAGGUGUGGUUGCACUUUGCCAAAAAAAAGAGGAAAAAAAAAAAACCUACAGAAAAAAAGGAAGAAAAAAAAUUUAAAAGCAAAAAAAUACUUACCAAAAAAAAAAAAAAAAAGAGGAAAAAGAGAAGAAAACCAAGCAAGUUUCGCACUUCUGCCAGGAUCAUGAGUGAAAGCAAAAAGCGCACACGCUUACGAGGACUGUUCAUGUUUCAGGUGCUUUUUCCUUUUCAGAUCCAACACGCACACAAAAAGGUGGCUACCUUUUGUGGCAUGGUAUAUCCAACACUAGCUUCUCUGUUCAGUCCCUGAAGUAAUGCUCCAUAAUGGGAUAAUGGUACCUUUUUUUUUUAAUUGUUCUUAUAAGCCUUCAUUGUUUCAUAAAUGCUGCUACCUUUUUCUCA